AUGGUCGCAAUCGCCAAGUCACGAGGAGAGAACGUCUCCGAGCCUGUUCUCGAGUCCUUACUCGCCAAUGAUCGUACCCCGUGGUAUCGAAAACCCAACCUCCGGGCAUUGUAUUUUCUCAUGUUUCCCGCUUGCAUGGGGAUUGAGAUCACUUCUGGCUUCGACUCCCAGAUCAUUAACACCGUUCAGAUCGUUGGCACCUGGCAGAAAUUCUUCGGAAAGCCAACUGGCGAAGUCGAAAACGGUGUCCCGGUCUACGAGAUUGAAGCGAAUCUCAAAGGCUUUUUGGCCGCCGCGUACUCUCUCGGUGCUGUCUGUUCACUUCCUUUUGUUCCAUGGGUAAACCAAAAGUUCGGUCGGCGAUGGACGGUUAUGUUCGGCUCCAGCAUCAGUCUGGUCGGUGCAUUGAUUCAGGGUUUCUCAAAUGGGACUGCGAUGUAUGUGGUGGCGCGUAUCCUGCUCGGAUUCGGCAUUCCAUUCUGCAUUGUCGCCGGAUCCGCCCUGAUUGGAGAGCUGGGCCAUCCAAAGGAAAGACCUAUUCUAACCUCUUUGUUCAACUCAUCAUACUUUAUCGGCCAGAUUGUAGCUGCCGCUGUUGGUCUGGGAACCGUGACUAUCCCGUCUGACUGGGCUUGGAGGAUUCCGUCGUUGUUGCAAAUUGCUCCGGCCAUGGUGCAGAUCAGUACCAUCCUCUUUCUUCCGGAAAGCCCCAGGUACCUGAUAAGCCGCGACCGUCGGGAAGAAGCCUUUGAUAUCUUGACGAAGUACCAUGCCGAGGGAGACCGAGAUUCAGUGUUUGUCAAAGCAGAGAUGGCGCAGAUCGAGCGAACAAUCCAAAUUGAACUCCAAGACGCAAAACAGACAUGGGGCGAUAUGUUUGGAACGGCGGGAAUGCGGCGUCGUUUGUUUAUUACUGCAUUUCUGGGACUAUUCACGCAGUGGUCGGGAAACACGCUGACAUCGUACUACCUGAGCGACCUCCUCGACAUGGUCAACGUCAAGGACAGCGUGGUCAAGUCGAAGAUCAAUAUUGGUACCGCUUGCUGGUCUCUUGUCAAUGGUACAACCUUGGCCAUUUUUGCCCCCCGUCUUAAGCGUCGGACGAUGUAUCUCACGUCCGCUGUGUCCCUACUCUGCGUCUAUAUUGCCUGGACCAUCUCGAUGGAACGCUUCUUGACUACUCAAGUCAAGGCCGCUGCGGUUUUGACAAUUCUCUUCAUCUUUCUAUACUCACCCGCGUAUAACCUGGGAUAUAACGCACUCACAUAUACCUACCUUAUCGAAAUAUUCCCAUACUUUGGUAGGUCGCGCGGAAUCUCCUGGUUCCAAUUCUUCGGCCGUGGAGCUACUUUCUUUGCCACCUACGUCAAUCCAAUCGGGCUAGAGCGAGUUGCCUGGAAGUGGCUGUUGGUGUAUUGUUGUUGGUUGGUGUUCGAAGUGGUAUUCAUAUACCUUUUCUUCCCCGAAACAUCGGGCAGAACCUUGGAGGAGCUGUCAUUCUUGUUCGAGAACCGAGACAAGGCCGAUGAAAUUGCUGCGGUCGUCCGCAAAGAGGUCGAGCAUGGGACUGAACAUAAACCGAGUGUAACACAUACCGAGGUUCGUGAGGAGAGGAAUGUAGUGUAA